UCUGAAAAUUGUCUUUGUGUGUGCAUGAGACAGUGAAGCUAGCUACAGACGGAUUUUAGCCAUUGAAAUUUUCUUCAAGAUUGUAGAGUUCAAAGAUCAUCAAGCCCACUCGUUCCCAGCCUGGGUUUCCCAUUGGAGUUACUUGGAGACUGUGUUCCAACUACACAGAUUCAGAUGGGCUAAGACCUGGCCACUGAGAUUUUUUAAAGCUCCUCACUGAGAUGAGUCUAGUAUGCAGCAAGCUAUGAGAACCACUGAACUAGUUCAACCUCCUCAAUUUAAACAUGAGCCAACUAAAGCCCAGACAGGUUUUACAGUAGGUUGAACAUCACAGUCUGAGUAGCUCCUGAUAAUGGACAAGACAUGGCUACUUAUAAAGCUUAGGUACUUUGUAACAAUCUUUACUUGAUCCAUUUGUGCAUUUUUUGAAAACACAGGUCACCAAGGGUUCCACCUGUGCUGUGUUUGGCCUGGGAGGAGUGGGUCUGUCCACUAUCAUGGGCUGUAAAGCAGCCGGAGCAUCCAGAAUCAUUGCAGUGGACAUCAACAAGGACAAAUUUGCAAAGGCCAGAGAGGUGGGGGCCACCGAGUGCAUCAACCCUCAAGACUACAAGGAACCCAUACAGGAGGUGCUAAAGGAAAUGACCGAUGGAGGUGUGGAUUUUUCCUUUGAGGUCAUUGUGAACCCAGCGCUGCUAUUGACGGGACGCACCUGGAAAGGAGCAGUUUUUGGUGGUGUGUACUUGAUCUUGAGGGUCCAAUUCUUAUUCACUGAAGAACUUUCUACCUUUUUCACAUGACAGUCCAGCUCUCGAAUCCAUGUUAUUUUUGUUUCAAAACCAAAUUAAAAUUCCUGUUAUACCUAUAGGCCCUUAAUCAACUAGAUGUGGAACUAAUGCAGAUGGAAGGUACUAGUAUAGAUUUCUCUGGUGUCCCCACAACUAACUAGGACAUUUCACUAUCACCUCUUUUUAUACUCGUAACUGCUUGAGGCACAAAAUUCCCCAAAGGACACAGUAAACCUAAAGCGAUAAUUCAUGUGUACAUUCCUUGCCCAACACUCCUUACCAGUGGACGUAAUCACACCUUGUAAGUUCUCUGAGAGAUUUAAUAACUAAGGACUCUUGUUUAUCUGGAGGGAUUUUUAAAAAGUCAAAACACUGCAAAAGGAUAUUGAAGCACCCUAUCACUUAUUAUUCUCAGUAAUAGUGGUCUGUGGAAUGCAACACUUUUUAUAAACUUUUAUCUUAAUUUUAUUUCAAAAGUCGCCUCUCCAAAUCUCCU